AUGAUGGCUAUCUCAUCUGCAUUAAUAAUCCAUUUAUUUUCACCUUUGCACACCCAUAUGGAUUUGAGUUCAGAACUCCUGACUUCGGAGGCAAAAAAAGAGGGAAUGAAGUUUAUAACGCAAUCGGUUUUUGCAAUUCUAAAGGAGAACAAAGAAUGCACAUACCAGUUUAUAUGCUCGUCCAUAUCUACCCAGAAUAGUGAAACAGCUAAUAGAAGGAUCUACGAUGUUCUGAAUGUGAUGCGGGCGGUAAAUGUUGUUGGAAAGAAGAAUAAAGUCUACUAUCUGGUUGACAACACAGACAAUAUAAAGCGUAAGAUUAACGAAAAAAAGAAGCUUAUAGACAUGAAAGAGACAUUCCAGUACAUCACCACUCGGAAUGAGCUUCUUUCAAAUACGCACAGUGAACGAUUGUAUCUUCCAUUUAUGAUUAUAUCGACUGAUAAAAAGUCAGAAAUUCACUGUGAUACAAAUGAGGAAAGGAGUUUUUUCAACUUUAAAUCAAAUAGACCGUUGAGAGUGAUUGAGGAUCUUGGAGUUCUGCGCGAGAUCCGGGAACAGUCAAAGGAGGAUGCAAAGAAACACAGUAAAACACUUUCUUUUGAUGCGUUUAUAUUCUGA